AUGGCUGUUUUCAGAGGCCACAGAGCUACUACUACUAUUACCACCACCACUACUACUACUAUACAACCACCUACUAUCACCACUUCUACCACUACAACUACCACUACGACCAGCACCACAACUAGAAGUACCACCCCCACCACAAUCAUUACCACCACUACCAUCACUACUACCACCACCACCACCACUGCUGCUGACACCACCUCUACCAACCUACAGAUUCAAGAGGCACUUGAAACGGACGACUGGGUGUUGGUCGACUUCCACCAAAAUGUUUCUGUCAAACUCGAGUGUGACCUUGAAAGUGACGCCAUUAGUUUCCUUAGCCAUGAACCCCCAAAGUGUGACUCAGAGUGUGGCUCCCUCGAGAACGACCUGGUGUUCCUCGAGAGCCACUUCGAGGGCCACCUUGAGUCUAGUCUUGACCCUGAGCUGACCCUUGAGAGUCUGGUUCUGGAGGACGAGCCUGGUAUCCUCGACUCUUCUGAUGGAGGAGAGGUGAAACAAGACAAGGAGGAGAAGGAGGAGGUCUUAAAGGAUGGGCCUGGCCUCCUCGGAUUUCUUGAUGUGGAAGAGGUGAAAGAAGACGAGGAGGGGGAGGAGGAGGAGGAGGAUGAAGAGGAGACGCUAUUCUUUUCUGAUUUUCAUGUUGGGGGAAGCCACAGAAGGAAGCAGGUAACACUAGGGGAACGAACGCAGGAUCGUAUCAGGAAACCCAAGAGGCGAGUGGUUACUGCAGCUUCGGAUAACUUCAAAAACCCACAUACUUUGAACACCGAAGACCACCACCCGUUCUGCCGCCGCCCCAGGAUCAUUGAGCCCCCAGAUAAGCACCCCAGGAAGAACAGAAGGAGGAGGAGGAACGGGAACAUCAUCCCUUGUUGGUACUGUGAAUCUGCGCUUGCUCAAGUUGAUGUUUCCAAGGCGGUCGGCGGACGAACUGUGUAUCGCUUGGACAAGAGGCUAGGCUACUCUUGACUUCAAACAGAAAGCUUGUGAUGACUGAUUUGAUGGAUGAGUAAAUAAAUAUCGAGAUUCUUA